UAACUUGACGCAAGGUGGCGCUAGUGCAUCAUUUAUAACCAUAUGUGUCCGAACUUUAACCAGUCGCACGAAAACUUCGGACAUAGUUUCGAGAUUUGGGAUAUACAGUAUAUGUAACAUCAUCUUCAGACGUCUGGGAUGAAGAAAUGAAUAUAAUCGAGAUGGCCCGAGCCCAGAGCCCCGUCCCAUAGACUGACAGGAAGGAGAGCAGAGAGAUGGAAGGUGUUUGGGAAAUCACAUUCUUGCUCGUCCAGGUGUGGCUGUCCAUAGUAGUGGGGCUCAUCAUGUUACCUGCCAUGUUCGGUGUGUCCCUGGGGUUCACAGAUAUCUACAUCAAGGUGCUGGUUAAGACACUGGAGUGGGCAACUCUCAGGAUCCAAAGAGGACAGAAGGAACAGACAACACUGCCAUCACAGUUAGCCAACGGGAUCAUUGAGAAAGAUGAUGGCUCUAUGGAGGAGGAGAUCGGAGAGCUGCGACGAUCCCAUCCUAAAAAUCUAGCAGGGGGAGACUUUACACUGUGUGAUGCCUUCUAUUUCUGUAAGAAAGGCAUUGAGAACAUAGUAGAGGAUCAGGUGACUCAGCGCUUCACGUCGGAGGAACUGGCUUCUUGGAACCUCCUCACGCGAACCAACAACAACUUUCGUUACAUCAGUGUGCGGCUCACCGUCAUAUGGGGCCUGGGAGUUUUUAUACGUUACUGUAUCUUGUUGCCUCUCCGGAUCACGUUGGCUUUUAUCGGAUUGAGUUGGUUGGUGAUAGGAACUACUCUUGUUGGAUUGCUUCCUAGCAGCAAUGCGAAGAACUGGCUCAGUGAUUUGGUUCAUAUUACAUGCUACAGAAUAUGUGCCAGAGGCCUGUCUGCUACCAUCCACUAUCAUAAUAAAGAGAAUCGACCGAAAAAAGGAGGUAUCUGUGUUGCCAACCACACUUCCCCAAUUGACAUUGUCAUUCUGGCGAAUGAUGGAUGUUAUGCUAUGGUAGGUCAAGUUCAUGGAGGCCUCAUGGGGGUCAUCCAGAGGUCAAUGGUGCGGUCCUGUCCCCAUGUGUGGUUUGAGAGAUCCGAGAUGAAAGAUCGCCAUGCGGUUGCCAAAAGGUUGAAAGACUAUAUUGCUGAUAAAACUAAGUUGCCAAUCCUGAUCUUCCCAGAGGGAACUUGCAUUAAUAAUACAUCAGUCAUGAUGUUCAAGAAGGGAAGCUUUGAAAUCGGUGGAACUAUAUACCCAGUAGCAAUCAAGUAUGACCCUCAGUUUGGAGAUGCCUUCUGGAACAGUGCCAAGUACAACAUGGUGAGCUACCUCCUCAGGAUGAUGACAAGCUGGGCCAUCGUGUGCAACGUGUGGUACCUCCCACCCAUGACUCGACAGGAUGGAGAGGAUGCUGUUCAAUUUGCUAACAGAGUUAAAUCAGCCAUAGCACAUCAGGGAGGACUGGUGGAUUUGUCCUGGGACGGAGGACUGAAGAGAGAAAAGGUGAAAGAGUCAUUUAAGGAGGAGCAGCAGAAGAUGUACAGCAGUAUGAUUGUAGGCUCGGACUUUCACGAAGCCUCUGUUGGUCCCGCGUAAAUUUCAUCUCACACUAUUUAUGAACUUGAUCUGAAAGUGUGAAGCACUUCUAGCUCAGCGACCGGACAGCAUCCAUCGGUGUUGCUCCUUAUGAUUCAGCAAUAUUUUUCUAAACUGGAAAAUGUUUUCUUGAGAUCUGAACUUGUCCUUCUUUGUUUUUUUAAAUAUGUACAUAAAUCUUAAAAUUGUGAUGAUAUAUAGUUACAAGAAAUGCGGAAACACUCAGAUUUUCACUUUGUUCUCAAUCGUUGCUUGGAUUUAGUUGUUGUCUAGAUUCCCUCACAAAACACUGUAUAGUUUUGCAUAUGAAAAUAUCCACUUUGUGCAUGUUCAUAUUGUAUUUCUCAGGUCCAGUGGGCUGUUCCUGUGUGGACACUAGAGGUCACUGUUACCAAACGAAAGACACAUCAGACAGCUCACUAUCGUGAUUGCCUUUCCUAAUAAAAUAAUUAAAUGAAAUAUUCAUCUCUCCAAGCACCAAUCCUUUAAUUUAACAC